AUGACACAAUCUCAGAUGACCAUCAACAUGAUACACAGAAGGGUGGUAUGGGGGUUACUCGGUGUGAGGAGUGUAUCCUCGUCUAUCCAUGAAGGGGUGUCGUGCAAGCUGCUGGUUUGUGGCGGGGGCGCGGGAGGUUGCAGCAUUGCCGCCAAAUUCGCCUCCAAGUUGGGCCCCGAGGGGUGUGUGGUGGUUGAGCCCAGCGACACUCAUUACUACCAGCCCAUGUGGACUUUGGUGGGUGGAGGACUCAAGAGUCUAGACCAGAGUGCCCGACCCAUGGCCAACGUUCUGCCCGCCAAGGCCACCUGGAUCAAAGACUCCGUUGCCUACUUCCGACCCGAGGAAAACAAGAUCGUAACAUCCUCUGGAACUACAAUCAAGUACGACUUCAUGGUAGUCGCUUUGGGUUUGGACACUCACUUCGAAGCAAUUCCUGGACUAAAAACAGCUUUGGAAAUCCCAGAAAGUGGAGUGUGCUCAAACUACCAUCCUAAAUAUGCUGAAAAGACUUUCAAAUGUGUGAAGAACUUUCAAAGCGGCAACGCUCUUUUCACCUACCCCAACUCCCCCGUGAAGUGCGGGGGCGCACCCCAAAAGAUUUGUUACUUGACAGACGCGUUGCUGAGGAAAGAUGGAAAACGUGAACGAGCAAAACUCAAAUACAUCACAUCUCUGGAUUCUCUCUUCAGUGUCAAGAAAUACGCUGACAAACUCGAGGAAAUGUGUAAAAGACGAGAUAUAGAAAUAGUACUUCGGUCAGAACUGAUCGAAAUCAGACCUGAUUCUAAAGAGGCUGUGUUUAGAAACAUAGACUUGCCAUAUCCCUCAGAUGUAGAGAUAGUUGAGUUUGAAAUGCUUCAUGCUGUUCCACCCAUGAGCGCUCCUGCAGUCUUGAAAAAGACGCCUCAAUUAACUGAUGGGGAGGGAUUUCUUUCAAUCGAUAAAGAAACUCUAAGACACAUCAAGUUCAAAAAUAUUUUCGGAGUAGGAGAUUGCACGAAUCUUCCAACUGCCAAGACUGCAGCUGCAGUGAGUGUUCAAGUCGGUGUUUUGGGAAGAAAUCUUGCGGCAGUUAUGAAAAACAAAGAACCUACGUCCAAGUAUAACGGAUACUCAUCUUGUCCUUUGGUCACAAGUCUGAAUAGAGGGAUUCUAGCCGAGUUUGACUACGAUUCGCAGCCUUUGGAAUCAUUUCCUUUCGACCAAGGGAAAGAGCGUUACAUGUCAUUUCUGCUGAAAAAAGAUAUAAUGCCGAUGUUAUACUGGCAUGGCUUGUUGAAAGGACGAUGGAACGGCCCUGGUACAAUGCGUACUAUCCUGCAUUUGGGGUUCAAAUAG